AAGUUAAAAAUUGUUAUUUAGAAGCAUUAUCAGGUGUACAGUAAAAACAUUUAAGAAAGUUAAAUAAAUUUAAGAAAAGAAAAUAUUGUAAUAGAAUAAUUAUCAAAAAUUUGUAUUUAAACAAUCGUAAUUAUGCGUUUUGCUGCCUUUUUUUUAAUUUUGAUUACAUUUUAUUGUAAUUGCAAGGCCCAAGAUGAAGUGUUUCAGAGCGUAAUGGAUGCAAUUCAUUAUUGUACUGUAAAUGUAGGACAUGAAGAUAAUCCUUUGUACAAUUGCAGAGGCUAUGAACGCAAUUAUGUAGGACAUGAUAGAAUUGAAUAUGGCAAAAAUUAUUGUAUCAAACAAAACGAUACACCUGAAGCUACGUUGUAUAGUUGCGCAGAAAGUGUGAAUGAGGCUAACUAUAGUGCUAGAUCACACAGGCCUGAUAGUGACACUGAGGAAGACUCAGCUGCUGAAUCAGAUUUUGGAUCAUCGCCGGACUCGGACUAAAAAAUAUGUUUACCAUCUACAUAUAAAUUAAUUGCAGUACAUCACAAUUAAUAUGGCUUAUAUUCAAUGUAAAAUCCAGUAACAGAAUAAAUAAAUAAUUUAUUCAUAAAAAUUAAAA